GGGAUACCUUGUCACCAUGAUGAACGCACCCACUAUCAGUUCCAUUACGACAAACUUUUCUUCGAAUGUUUAAGAAAUGUGACACCUGAGCUUGAAGUGUACCAUGGCGGAUGUCCGAGAUGAUUUUGCAAACUUAUCCCUAGAUGAAAUAGCAAGAAAAAGGCUGGAGUUGUUAGGCAAAAUUCAGAAACAAAUUUGUGUUGCAAUUAGCUCUCUCGAGGCCGGAAGUGACUUGGUGACAAACGAGCAAGUUCGACACAUCUUAUGUCAAGUAAACAAGAAUAUAGAUCUGAUAAAAGCCUCGUGCAACGAAGAAGGUAUACAUGUUUAUAAUUUUAUUGCUAUUUUCCAUUUCUUGUAUCGUAAAGUAAAACCAUCGUUUUUUUUACUUCGCCCGUUUUCCCCUGAGGUCUUAUAAAAUUGUUAAGGGUUUGUUUGGUCGCUUCCGAGUAAAGUUUGUUCAUCAAAAAGAUAAAUCGACAGUUUAAGCAGGGAUUACAUCAAAUUAGGAAAUAUUUCCAGACAGCCCAUUCCUCAUUAUGCAUGCACAUCUUAAUGGUGAUACACUGAAUAAUGAAGCCCCAUAUAUGUGUGCAUAAUAAAGUAUGGGGCUUUGCGCGGAAAUUUUGCCCCUGUUGUUGAGCUGUUGUUGUUGAUCUGUUGUUGUUGACCUUUUGUUGGUUUUUCGGAAGUAUGCUUUUGAAAGGAACAACUCAAAUCAUGUUGUUCCAAUCUUAUCUUUUAAAUAUAUUUGAUGUAUAUUGAAUUUUCUCCACCAGAUCAGGUAGUCAGCAUACUCUGGUCAGAUUUGAAUUAUAUUUUUUCAGUGUUCUAUUAAAUACUGAAGUUUGCCACAAAUUUUUGAUGCUAACUUGAUGAAAGAACAAAAAAAACAAACAACAACCUGGUUCAGAGAAAGAGUCUAAAAAAAACAAUCCUAAGUUUCUAGAAGCAAAAAUAAAAAAAUAAAAGCUUUCUGUAGAUGCAGAUGGGAAAUACCUGUAUAUUGUACUUACUAUUUGUCAAAAUAUCAUCAUUCUUUUCUUUACUGUUGUGCUAGUUACACUCAUAAUUAACCAAUUGACCCCAAAUAGUGACAUGCAUCUAAUUUCUCCUUACAAUAUCACCCCUGAAUCAAACAUUUGGGUCACAAGAAUAAAGGAAAUUAUCACCAACUGAAGAAGCUCUUGAUUCUUAAACAAAUUUCUUCUUGUCAACAUCUUAGGAAAUGAAAGUCAAUGUUUUCAGUGAAUAACACAGGUAUACUUGUAGGGAAAAGAACUCAGAGGGGUCCUAAUGGGAGUUGAACCUAUGACCUCCCAAUUAGUACAUGUACUUUGGAUGCUCUACCACUGAGCUACAGAGGACUUGUGGCAGGCUUGGCAGUUUAACCCUUUUCCCCCUAAUGUCAUUAUACAUAUUCUCCAUACUGUUCUUUCUACAUUUCCUAGGGUGCUGACAAGGAGAAUUUGUUUACUGAUUAAAAGCUUCCUGGUGUUGGUUAUCAUUUCCUUCAUUCUCAUGACCUUAACAUGUGAUUCAGGGGUGAUAUUAUAAGGAGAAAUUAAAUGCUAGUCACUCUUACAGUUUAAAGGGAAAUAACAAGCUCCAUAAUGACUAACUUCCUACAUACUGCUAGGAUUGGAAUGUUGAAUGUGAUGCUUUUGUGCAAUGAUGAUGUAAAUAAGGAUGGUAAAUGUUAAGCCUGGUGAUUUAAGUGAAAGGUGAUGAGUUCAGUGCACGAGACAGGCAGAAAAGGAAGGAAAUGUUCGGAGAACAGUUUAGAAAAUAUGCAUACUGAUGUUAGGGCGUAAAGGGAUCAUUUACAAUAUUUAUGACUGCAAGUCAAUAUUUGAUAUAUAAACAGAAUGGGCUUUUGAACACAACUUUCCUUGCAGAGUCAUCCGGUUUGAGGACUGUUGGGAAAGUAAGCCAGGAUGAACUGGCAGCCUGGGAGCGGCUAGGGGAAGGUGGAUUUUCAAGUGUGUAUAAGGCUAAGCUUAAAGGGAAUGAUGUUGCUGUCAAGGUGUUAAAAAAUCUUAAAGAAACAAGACCUCUGCUUACAGAAGGAAAUCUAUUGAGGUGAACUUUUAAACAUGCUCAUUUCUACCCUUCUUAGAUAAUUAUAAAGUUUAAUGUUACAAUCAUUAGCUUAAAAUAUAUGUAACCUCUCUUCAAACCUUUUGAUGAAGUUGAGUGAUUUUAUUUGCAAAAUACAUUUUAUUUCAGUCUUCCAUAUAUGCAUUUAGUUUGUUCUUGCACCAAGUGGCUCACCCAGCUGGAGCUUGUCCUGGUUUGCUAAUUACCAUGAAGCAACCAGGAGUUUCACUACUUUAUCUGGAUGGGAUGCAAAUCCAUUACAAGGUUACCCCCAGCAUUUCAUCAGGCUUCCCUGGCAACUAACUUGCUGGUACCUAUUUACUUGUAUACUCUGGUUGGAGAGAGGCACUGUGAGAGCAGUGUUUUGCCUAAGAGCACAACACAUCAACCCAGCCAUGUCUUGAAUUUAGAAUUUUUCAACCUGGACUCCAGCGCCCUAACCAUUCAUUCUCUAUUUCUCCUAUUAUGCUUUUAAUCAAAACUAUAACAAAAUUCUCAUGAAUGUGAUUGGUUAUAGCAAAAUUCUCGAGAACAUGACUGGUUAUGUAAUAGGACAGUUAAAGGGACAGUUAACACGUCAUGCCUGUGUAAGUGGACAGAAUGUGUCACUAAUAUGUGUUGUUGUCUCCCAUUUCACCAAGUUGACUAUGUUUUUAUUCAUGAAAACUUAUCUCCAGUCUCUAUAGUUUCUUUCUCAAAUUUUGUCAUAGUUUUGAUUAAUUGGUAACAGGAGUUCAUGUCAUCCAAUUCUACCUGUAAUCUACACUCAUGAUUAACAAAUCACACUUCUUGGUCGACAGAUUUUGUUUAUCACUCAUAUGAUUACAAACCAUAUUGGACUCCACUUGGUCCUAUUACCAUUAUUAAUUAUUCUAUUGAAUAUCAGAUUAUUAUAGUUACUCUCAGUUAUAUUCAAUUCAAAUUUAAAACCCCUCUUUGGAAAAUUAGCUCUUAUUAGCUUCUUUAAAAUUAUUUUAAAUUUUUGAUACACAGAGAUCUUCGGCAUGAUAACAUUAUUGCAUUCAGAGGAAUGAACAUUUUGGAGCAUGAUGUCUCACAUGAGAAAUUCACCCUUAAAGCAGGAUGCCCUUUUCUGGUGAUGGAGUACAUUCCUAAGAACUUGUACAGAUUUGUUGAGGAUCACAAAACUCCAGAAUCUAGGGGACUUCCUAAAAGUCAAGUGUGGACCAUUGGUAGAGGAAUGGCUAAUGGCUUGAUGUACCUACACAGUUUGAAUCCUCCAAUAAGCCACAGGGAUUUAAAACCUGACAAUAUACUGGUGAGAUUCCUGUAGAAAUCAUCUGUUUCAGACUUUUGUCAGAAAAACAGAAGACAGACUGUAGUUUUAUGAGGAAAAAAUAAAAAGGGAAAAGAAAUGAUUGAUUAAUUAAUUAGUUGAAAUUGAUCAAAAUGAAAAAAAAGAAAAAAAUCAGCAAAUGAGUUAAUUUUUUUCUUAAAUUAUUUAGAUAUAUGUUGCAUAGCAAAGACCCAAGGGUUUAUAGAAUCAUUCUUACUGGAAUUUUAUUACCUUUUUGAGACCUGUUUGCUAGGAAAAGAAAAAAUUGAAUAUAUUUGAAUAUAAAACGGAAGAUAAAAAAUAGACCAGUUGAAAAAAUAUUGAAAAAAAAACUUUGAUGUUCUAACGUACUAUUUUUAAGCUGUUAAAUAACUCGAUCAGUAUCUCUAAAACACAUUCAAAAAAAUUUCAUCCUGAUUAUUCCUUUAUUUGUAAAUCAUAAAUUAAUCAAGUUGGACAUCAGAAGCUUGCGGGUAAAACUAGCAGACUUUGGCUUAUCAAGAACAAUUGAGAGGAGUGGCAAUGAUCUGUCUUUGUUCCAUGCGCGCUGGACAGCACCUGAAGUGUGGGAUGAUUACUUCACAGAUGAUGAGUAUAAUGUAGAAGGUAACAUUAACCCUUUGAUCAGAAAGAUCAGAAUUUUUGUCACACCAUGAGCUUUCUUCAUGAGGGGAGCAUUGGGAUUUUCGGUUUUGGCUUUCUUUUAGAUAUUUUUUUUUUGUUUUUUGUGCCAAAGAACUUUGGUUUUUCAGUUUUGGUGUUCAUUGCAGUUACGCAUUUUCCAUUUUCGGUAUUCAUAAAAAAACACUAAUGAGUUUUUGGAUUUGGUAUCCGAUGUGGUUUUCAGUUUUUUCCUAUUUGGAUGCCGGUGUUUCUUCGAUUUGAGCGACAAAUAUGCAGCACCACUGAUCUCGAAUGCCGCGAAAACCACUGUAUGUUCCACUUGUCACCACUGUAUCGGAUUAUCAGUUUUGACGGUUUUGCAAGCGGUUUGCGGUUUUCGGUUUUGAUCUAAUUCUUUAGCGCUUUUGCGGUUUUGGAUGAUUUUUUUUCUACGGUUUUGCGGUUUCUAAUAGACCCCAAUGAACCCCUGUCCUUCAUCUAAGUCAAAACCUACACUUCAUGACUUAAUUUCCUCCAAGUAGCUAGUGAAAUAUAACAAGUAAUGAAAGGUUUUUCAUCCAGAAUGAGUAUGUUAGCAUUACAAACAAACUGCUACUUUCUUCACCCAGAACUGACAGAUACAACAGAAGAGCACACAGGCUUUGAUGACAAGUUUUUUUAUCUACGUGCUGACAUCUACUCGUAUGCUCAAGUAGUAGCCUAUACGUUAACAGGAAAUACACCGUGGCAGGGUAGAAACUCUGUCAGUGUACAGGGCAUUCAAAACAACUUGAUAAAGAAGGAGGACAGAGUGGAGUUGCCCGAAGAAAUGGGUGGUGUAUUGAGAAAAGUUAUAGAGGACUGUCGUCUGGAAAAUCCUGAGAUGAGACCUACAGCAGACCAACUGGUUUUGGAGUAUUUUAGUGGUAGAGUUUCCAAAGUUCCAAUUACUCUCAUUUACUCUCACUGGCAAUUGCUGCUCGUAAAUACACUUCUCAACGAAAACUUCUCCACUAUCUUUACGCAGUUAGAACUUAACUGAUUUUCUAAGAAGACUUGUGGGACCAGAAGUGUUCUUGUCAAGUCAAUACACUGGCAAAUUUCGUCGUUUCUCUGACCAGAAUUGAAUGACAAGUCUAACGGCAAAGGGGAAAACAAGUCAAAAUAAGCCUAACUGAAAUUUUCUUGACCAGGAACUGCGUGCCAUGAUUAAACAGAACAAGCACUCCACACACACCACGUCUUACGUGCUAUUGGACUUCCCAACCAACUUUUGAAUUGGCAGUCGCGUUUAGUGGCGAUCGGAACGUUUGAAUAUCUGCUUUGAUUCGUCAUUUACUGAAUUAGAAAAAUUAUUCUGCCCGGCUUAAAAGAUUUUAGCGUUUUUUAUCCAUUUCUUUGUUAUUUCGUAACAUUUUUUUGGUCUUAUUUUUAUUGCACAGUAUGUAAACAUCACUUUCUUCAUCUAAAUAUAAAAUUUUUAAUCUUUAACACAUGGCUUACCAGAGUUUUUUCUUGAAGGUGAUGUUAACCCGUACCAAACUGAAGCCAAAAGCGCUGAGUUUUUUUCCUGUGGGUUCCUCCAGAACACUUAUAUCUUUGUUGCUGAGAGCUUAGUGGACGAGGUAAUACUGGGUAAAAAUUUCCGCACAGCUCCAUACUAUUGUAAAACAAAUCUGUUUCCCCAAUGGCAAUGUAUUGUUUUUGUCAUUGUUUUCUCUAUCCAAGAAGUGAAUGCAUAAUUUAGUAUGGGGCUGUGCGGAAAUUUUACCGUAAUACCGUAGUAGUAAUUGGUGGUAAUGGAGAAGUGGUGAUUACUGCGGGGAGGUAUUUGUAUUAUUGUCUCGCUGCCUAAGUUGAGCUCUACCAUUUUGUCAAUAGUACAUGAUAUCCUCAAAAUUUCGUAUUUUGUGGAAGAGAAGGUGAUGGGUUGGUACUUUCAAACUCUAGCCCAGUUGGUGUAUCACCUGAAAUACUGUUGAGUCUGCGUGGAUAAAGUUGAUUUCCCUUUGACGAAUUUGUGGUCUUUUAACCAGCAACACUGCUGUUUUCGCGGUUUUUGAUGGCCUAGUAAUAUAUUUCCGUAAAAUUAUUAGCGCUGCGGCAGGAGCGUUUCUUCGCCCGCGAGAGGUCUGGUAAGAGUCUGAAGCUAAUUUUUAUUUCGUAAAAAAGGUUGUGGUUAUUCUUUGUGGUGAAUAACAAUAAAAGCUAAGUUUUUUCGUUUGUCUCACGAUGUAGUCACGUGUGUCAUAGAUCGCGACGUUUCGACCGCAUACUGCUAGCCUUCUUCAGGCGAUGAGGUCGACUGGCCAUGCGUGAUCUUAUAAAGCAUGAUGCUCUGCUGUGAUUAGAUGCUUUUCAACAGCUCUGAUAGGUGCAUUUUCGAUCCUUGCUGUUUCAUCCACUGAUUUGCUCCCUCGGCGGUCCGCUGUCGCACUGCUCUCCUGUUGUUGUGUUUUUUGAUCGUGGGCAUCCACUAUUCCACUAUCCCUGUUGAUGUUGUUAAGGUGAAGUCUUAUAUGAAUUGCCUCUUUGACCCUGCACGUGUAGUAAUAAGGGUCACGAUCAAUAAACUUUACUUCGCUCCAGAGUGGCUUGUGUCCGGUGUUGUGGGUCUGCUCUGAAACGGCGGAGGUCUCGGAACGGGCGAGUCGGAUGUCUCCAUCGUGCUCCUUAAUUCGGUAUCGUCCACGUAGCGUUUCCAGAUCCGAGGCUUGUAGGAUGAUGUAGAUAUCGCAUGUCCUUCGAAAUUCUCCAUGCAGAGGUUAGCAAUAACAGCGGAAACCGGACCGGAAACCAUGGCAGCGCCGUCUUUUUGCUCUUUAAUCGAUCCAUUAUACCUUCGUAUUGAGACCCCUAGCAGACGGCUCGCUUUGCGCGAUGCCUCAAACUUUCUCGUGGGAGUUGAGACGCUCUUGCCUUCGCGCUAAUAAUGAAGGUCAGCUCGUAGGCUGCUUACACUAAGCUUCUCCGUCUUAUCCUAUGUAUGUCUUGAUUGAUUUGUCCUCUUUAACCAACAGUCCAGUGAAGGGUAUUUUAAGACAGCAGUUCGUCCCCAAGGAUUCCCCCCUGAGUGUCUGUUGUGUUCUGUAGAGGUCGGCAACGAGGAGUACAACGACGUGCCAAAGGAGUGGGUUUAUGAACAGAAGUAUAGGGAGCACUACGGAAAAUUUAGGCAGGUACAUAUAUCGAGACCAGAUUUUCACAUAUGUUUUUUUUGUACGUAUAAGAUAGGGCGGCGAAGAAAAAUAACUUCAGACAAUGGAAAUUACAACGACGAGCCCAUCAAAAUAAAAUAGCUUCUCUUUUUUUUAAUAAAAACCUUUUUUUUAUUAGAACAUUUAGGCUCAGAUUAAGAAAAAUUUUGAGAAUAUACUAAGAACAUAUUCAUGCUGAAAGUCAAUAAGAAAGUCUCCCUCAUGUAGGGAGAUUCCAGGCCUUUUCCCUAGAUCCGCCACUGCUCAUGACUGAUUUUCUUUAUCUGCAUUUAGGAUGCCAUCGAUAAAAAGAUCGAAGACAAUCCUGCCAUUGCCCUCAAAACAUUGAUUACCUCCCGGGAGGAGGAAGAAGAAAGACAAGAAAUACAACUGAUGUUUGGACAGUCAACCUACUGUCACCAUAGAGCCGUUCGGGAGAUCUGGAGGAACCUAGAAGACUCUAAAAAGAGAGAGUUUGUCGUGUGCAAGACUACUGUCCAUCCGGUGUUCAGCACAUCUUUUGGCCUCCAUGUUGCUGUCCUAACUGCAGACAAACCUCAGAAAUUUAUCUUCGCUAGAAGGUCUAAUCGAGGUAUCUAUUUUGUUCAAACACCCUUUUUGGCCUUUUGUCAAGAGUUCUGUAACUGUUUACGAGUUUAGAAUUUGAUUUAAAGGAAAAUGAAAUUAUGGUUAAAUUUCAUAACGCCACAAUUUUCAGUGAUAUCUGACCCUGAUACAUCUCCGUUAAAAGACUCCCUAAAUAGAUUUUUACGUACGGACCAGAAUGUUCGUAUCGAUAACAAAACAACCAAACGACCGCCAUUACACAGAACAUUCCGAGUCACGGAGGUCUCGUGAUCCAUAGGGCGGGAAAAUCUGGCGAACAGGGUUCCCAGCUGCAGAUAACAAGAUUGUUUUUUUUAAACCACGAGCCUAUUCCGCCGCUGAUUUUAGUCAGUUCCCUUUAAAACUAUUUAAUGUUGAUUAAGUAGCAGUUGUCAUUUCAAUCAUCAUCAGCUGAACAACAAGCCACCACAACAAACAAAUUUGUUUAUCGAAGUUGACAUGCCAUUAACGUGUUGCCCCUUUAUACAAUCCUGUGUCUCUUAGCACUGAAUAUGAAUAUUUGAAUUCAACAGCACAACACCAACACGAACAAAGCAAACUAACAAAACUCAAAACUGAGGCCUUUAGAUUUUUUGACACACAUCAGCUUUGUUUCAUCUAAGGCCCGUUCUCCCGUUUUUGUUUAUUUUUUUCCUCGUUAUUUUUCAGAGGGAAUGGCAACCCCAGGCAAGUUUACCUGUGGGGCUGUGGAAAGUGCCUCAACCAAGGACUACGUCUAUAAAAACGACAAGUCUUACGUGGAUCUGAUUCAGACCGCCGCGCGAGGACUGGAAGAAGAGUUGCGAGUAGAGUUGAAAGGCAGCGACAUUAAGGCUCUUUGCCUCACAACCGUGUACCUCAAGUUCGAUACGCAUGAAUGGGGUUGCUGUGGUUACGUGGACCUGUCGGAUGAACGAGUGGCUCCCGAGAGGCGACUAACGUUCGAGCAGCUCGGUUCUCGGUUCACGACGGGUCCUAAAGAUAAGUUUGAGCACGAAGAGGUGGUAGCUGUUGACUUCGAACUUUCUCGGAUGGUGGAGUUCGUGCGGGAGAAUUACGAAGAUUUUGCAAGCUCAGCUAAGCUAGUAGUGGUGAAAGUUUUGCAGUCGUUUUUUGGAGUCGCUGCCGUGGAGAGAGCUUUUCGUGUUUAUCUGGAAGAUGGAGACAAUACCCUCCCAAAGGAGAUUGCAUCUUGAACAAAUUUGGUGAUUAAUGCUUGAAUUUUCUUUUUCUCUUCUCAGUGAUAGCCUUACUUAAAAUAACCGCAGGCUCCAGUUAGGGAGACUAGCCCGCAAGGGAAGCUUUAUAAAGGGUAUUAGACAUUUUGUACUCCGUUGGGUCCCCAAUGAGCAGCUUGUCUUUCACUGUUAACUCUGUCUUUACUGACACAUGACCAAAGUUCAUAGUAUUGUUACGACUAUUAAAUCGGAGGGGAACUAUCGAGCACGCCACGCUCGGCGAAAGGCACCAAGACUCUCGAACUGUCUUUUACACUUUUUCUUAAUUACUCAGUUCCACAGUACACAAUUCUGGGUAACUCUCUAAGGCUCUCACACUUUGAUUCUCACUGAAUAAUUCUUAUUCAGCCACGAAAUUCUGACCGUACUCUUCUGCACAUUGUCUGCGUUCUUGUAGUCUACUCUUCACUCCUCUCACCACUCUCCUAAGUAAGCUCUAAAGGACAUGUCUAUAUACUAACUACUAACAGAUGUGGUUAGGCAUGCCCGCUGGCUGUCCUUGAGAUAUUAAACAUUUGUUGUUAGAACAAUAAACCAAACAAUAUUACGAGACUUUCAAAAGGAACAACAAAGUACUUCUGUAAGUAAUGCUUCCGAUCAACUGAAUCAACCUCUGACUGCGUAAGCCAAAAAGCAAGAGGGUCCAAAGCAAGGUUAGUACACAAACUAAGCUCGUCCACUUAAGGAAGUUAGAGCAGGCUGCCAGAACUAGACAACUUAUCACAACAGUUCAAACCUCGAUAUCUUCGGAAUUCGAAUUCAUACAUUAAAUACAUUCUAAAGAUAAACGAAAGACUAAAUCAUACUGAACUGACUAACUAAAUGACUUAUUAAACAACAAAUACUUCAUAACAGUAAGGUAUGUUCUAUUCUAGUCAUGUGAACAGAGAAUAUCAACUGAGAGAACUUAUCUCCCAUACAUACCCCUAUUCCAAUGAUAAUUUUUUGAAUAUUAUUUUAGUGCGCGUUCCUGCGGUGCGACUAUUUUGAGAAAAACAACCGAUUGGUUUGUGGUUCUGUAAUGAAAUUUGAUUUGUGAUGUUUGGCGACUUGCGGUUGUGGUGUUCAUUUUGAUGACGUGAUGUUAUCUUUUCGUCAAGACGAUUAAAAAAACAAGCUGAAAAAACGUAACCUCUGAGCGCUACUCUUGAAGCCUGAGUUUUUUUCUCCUCUACUCCACAAGUUAGGGUGCGUUAAUGGGAGGAUUCGAGCGGACGAACUGAAUAUCUUGCAAUGGUUGAUUCAGGUAAAUUACCUCAAGGAUUAUCGAUUAAGCGGCAAUAGCGCAACAUGACACAUUUUCCAGAAUACAGAAAGCAAACUGGCUCGAUCUUGAUGAUUUCUUAAUUUUGAAAAUCAAUGACUCUUUACCUCGAUCCUCGACCAAAAGAUAGACUCUUACAAUUUGGUAGAGAAUUAAUAGCGGAUGGCUUUUUACAAGAUCCCCCAUGGUUUGAGAGAAAACGAAAACAGCAGCACAAACUAAUCGAUUUUGGGUUAGUCUGAGCUGCAGUUGGGAACGACUUCUUAUCCAUUCACGCAUCUCUUUGUGACACAUUUAUUGAGCUUAGUGGUUAAAUAGAGAAUCAAACGUAGACGUAUUUUGAGAGGAAUCAAUUUGAAUCAAUUUAAAACAUUCAUUUUAUGUGGCAAUAGCGAUUAAUUCCAGCGAUUUAUAAUCCAUGACUAAAAGUACAGUCACAAACUGGUCCUGUUUGAAACGCUGAUUUCUAACUUUGAAAUUUUACAAAGUGACAUUGACUAGCUCUUGCUGAAUUCGGUUAGUUUAUGGCUCGUUACUUUUGUUGUGAAUUUAGCUGUCCAGGAGGUAGAUUUAGCCCCACGUUUCAUUUCCUGAUUAGUGCGUUUACCUUUGACCUACUAUACCUUUAAAAGAUUGAUAAAAAUAUUUAGUCUGUUUGUAAUAACAACAGGAAGGGUUCUGCUGGUUGUGUUCUUGUUUGGGUCAAUGCCCCGUUGACCUUGGUUUGGAUAGCCUACGUGUAGGGUACGGCUACACGUUGGCUGUGGUUUGGACGAGCAACAUAGUUCCUGUUUGUGAUUUUUGUUUUCGCUAAUUCAAUAAUCGGCUUUUCAUAGCGUAGAAUAUCAAGUGUUUUGUUGUUCACUUGUGAACAAUGUUUGGGUCAGGAGUUUUGUAGAGAGCUUCACUCUACCAAGAUCGACAGGCCUAUAACCUUAACAUGUGCACUAAUAAAGCACUUAAGGAAGUGUAUUAUACUUGAUUUAGUUAAUUGAGCAGUUAGCCUAAUAAAGAAGAAAAUCCGGAAGAUGAGUCUCGGUCCUUCUUGCUUGAUAUAGUGUUCUAUAGCCAACUCCCUCCAAAGUUGUUUGUAAC